AUGGAUGAUGUUGUCUUGGCAUUACGUCAAGAAGAACUCGAGCUUCGAAAGGGUCAAGCAAACGACUGCCUGGAAAAGCUUCGUCAAGCCCUGGGUGAUAGAUCAGUCGUCUUUCGGGAGAAAAUACACUCCAACAAAUCGGUCCAUCACCAGGGCACUAGAUCUAAAAAGGAACUCCAAACGAUAACUCUCUCCAUCAACAGACAUGCAAGAGGUUACAGCCGGGCAAGGGCUGCAAUGCUCCGCCUAGGGGCUGACUCUGAUACAGUGGCAGUGUAUCAACCCCUAAAGCCUCAGGACCUAGUGGUGAGCAAAGAAGUCACAGAAGAAAACAGGCAUGGGCAGGGUUCAGAUAAAUUGGCUUGGUUUUGA